CCGUCACACUGCUGAAGGAGGUAAUCAAUCAAUCAACCUCAUUAGCCUCCAGUCUAGGAGCAAUUCUCUUCGUGACCUUAUGUUGCUUAAUUGAUUAUUAAUUUAUUGGUUUUGACUUCACAAUGGACGAAGACUGUGAAUUAGUUGAAGAUUUUGACUGUCCAAGCCUUCUGUGUGAGGAAUUGGAGGAUUUGGAAACAAAGAACGACCAAAGGAGCAGCAGAAGGAGGAGAGAAGAAGAGGAGGAAGUGUUUAAUCAGACGGAGGAUGAAGAGGCAGGAGAGGAGACAGACCGAGAAGAAGAGGCGGGGGAUGAGGAUAAAGAAAAGAAAGUUGUUGUGUCAGAAAAGGAACUGAUGGCAACAGAGGGAGAAGAGGACGAGCAGGUGAAUCCAGAGAGUAGGCUGGGAGCGGAGGAGGUGCAGACAGAAGACAACAAGAUUGAGAACAAAAAGCAAACAAUCACUGAUAAACAAGAGGACAAAGAAACAAAAAGUGUUGAAGACAAAUAUGAGAAGAAAAAGAGUAGGAAGAGGCAAGAUAAGAAGCAAAGUGAGCAAGUGAGGAACAGGAAAGGUUUAAAAGAUGUAAGUGAGCGGUUUGAGGAGGAAAAGGAGUGUCAGAUACACGAGGUGUCAGCGAUGAGCUCAGAGGAGAGCUCGGCUCUGUCAGAGCCUCCCAUUGGACUGAUAAACAGCUGCAACCUGUCUGAUCCUGUCUUCCUGGGUUGUGGAGGGACAGGCCCGUAUUGCCCUCCAGUUCCUCUUCCCCUGCUUUACUCCUCACAACCUCCAGUCCCGAUACAAUCUGCACCUCCUCAGCCUCACGGGACAAAAAGGCCCCACAGCCCCCUUCUACCUCACAGUCACCCCGAGCAGGGCCCACAGCCACUAGAGAUGGAGAUAAACCAGGUGUACUCUACUCGACGCUCCAUUCGGUACAGCAACAGGGGUCGAGGCCGGGCUCUAAGCUUCCCUCUGCUGCAGGGAUUAGAGACCGUCGACAGCUGCCUGCCUCCACCUCCACCGAAAAAGAAAACACGAACACUCUACAGUACUGAUCAGUUAGAGCAUUUAGAGGCCUUGUUCCAGGAGGACCACUAUCCUGACGCGGAGAAGAGGAAAGUCAUCGCUGCGUCAGUUGGUGUCACACCUCAAAGAAUUAUGGUCUGGUUUCAGAAUCGCAGGGCUAAGUGGAGGAAAAUGGAGCGCUCCAUGACAGCAAGGGUUGAUCACAGACAGAGCAGAGCUGGAUUCAGCAUCAGCAGCCCCCCAUUUCACCAAAUCAAUCCCGCCCUGGCGCCCAACAGUAAGGGAGUUCCCUGUUUUUCUAAUCCCUUUGCCACCAAGCUGCCCCAGCUCGCCCCUGCUGCACCUUCUUUCUCCACCCUCUCCAACCAGACUCCGCCCUCCUACAGCAACCUAUUGGCCAUCCUCAACAGCCCAGGUCAAUCCAGAGGGAGAGAUGUGGGCCAGCAUCAGCUUUCAUCUCAGGGGGGGUUGGCAGUGUACCACCCCCGUCUCAUACACAGCCCUCCCCCCCUGCGGCGAGCCAGUCUCCCCCUUUUCACUUCGACCUACAACCCUGCCAACCCAGCUCCACCUCUCCUCAACACCCUGGCUCACACCCCACCUCUGUUCCUGGAUGCUCUGGAGAGUGGCUCCGCCUAUGCCCAUCGUGACACCCAGGCUCUGCAGACUGACACCAGCUCUCUAUUUGACUUUGGGGAGAAGCUCGACUACCUGACCUCAGGCCAGCAGAACAACCCUCUCUCCUACCAGCUCCAGACCUCCUACCCCUCCAGCCAGCCACAGCUCCAACCUCAAGCAUCUCUGCCACGCAUGGCCUACCUCACCCCCUCCCCUUAUCUCACCCCUAACCCUCCAGAUUCAAACCCUACCUCCUAUCUGACCUUUGGCCCAGGAGGAAACUCUACUGGGAUGGUGACCUACUCCACUGGAGGCCACUCUUACUUCCAGUCCCAGAACGCAGGACAGAUCCUGCUGCAGUCAGCCGGUCAUCAUGGUGGGAUCACAGCGUACCAGUCAUACCCAUGGGGUAACAUGUACAGUCAGCCUGCCAUCCACCAGCGUACUCAGUGCCCUCCAACUUACCCUGGCAGCUUGGGAGGUGCUCAAGAUCACCAGUCGCCCUCAUCCAACACCCUGCCUCCCCCUUCAUUCUUUCCCCGGGGGGACCACGGGCCUCCACAUGCAAACUCCCAGUACUCAUCACACACCAGCAGCAGCAGCAGCACUACCGUCCUCCCUCCUGUGUCCACCCUGCAGCCAUCUCGCCUCAGAGCUGCGAUCACUCCAACUAAGGCAGCAUCUCUGCUGCCUACUCAUGUUAGCCCUGCAUCUCCAGACAGCUCUCCAGUGCCCCCUUAUGUCAAGAUGGAGUAUGACAGUCCGCGAGAGAUUCACAGCCACUUCCACUGCGACUUCUCCCCCAAUCAUUUUUGACUACAUGUUUGUCUGUGUUAAUAUAUAUCUUGUGUACAUUUGAGUAUUUCUGUAUUAUACAUUUGUAUUACUAUUAUGAUGUUCUCAGUAAAAAUAAUGAUGUAAACUGGCUUGGUUGGGCUGCAUUUAGCUGCAAUAAAUGCUCAUUGUUCUGUUAAUCUUUUAUUUUUGCAUUUAAUUAGCAUUGUUUUCAUUUUAAAUCAGUGGUCUCAAACAUAUU